GCCGAAGAGCAGGCUCUACGCCGCGCUGUCACCGUCAAGAUAUAUAAACACACUCCUGCCCGAGCGAAGGAGUCUGGUGGGCUGGACGCGAAUAACAACGUAGUAAUAACUGUUACCAUCACUGGAGUUAACUUCACGCACAGGAUGCCUGGAUCAGCUUCAAUCAGUUGCUUGGGACCAUGGCCCAAAGAUGUGGGUAUAAUUGCCAUGGAGCUGUACUUCCCAUCCCAGUAUGUGGACCAGGCAGAGCUGGAGCAGUUUGACGGCGUGCCAGCUGGUAAAUACACUAUUGGCCUGGGCCAAGCUCGCAUGGGUUUCUGCUCGGACCGUGAGGACAUCAACUCUUUGUGCCUGACCGUGGUCCAGAGGCUGAUGGAGAGGAAUGGCCUGUCCUAUGACAGCGUGGGUCGACUGGAGGUCGGCACUGAGACCAUCAUAGACAAGUCCAAGUCUGUCAAGACAGUCAUCAUGCAGCUGUUUGAGGACUCAGGCAAUACAGAUGUAGAAGGCAUUGACACCACAAACGCCUGCUACGGUGGUACAGCUGCACUCUUCAAUGCUGUCAACUGGGUGGAGUCCAGCUCGUGGGAUGGACGUUAUGCUUUGGUGGUAGCAGGGGACAUUGCUGUCUACGCCACUGGAAGUGCCCGACCUACAGGGGGUGCUGGUGCCGUGGCCAUGCUGGUCGGGCCUAAUGCUCCUCUGGCCUUUGAACGAGGUCUGCGAGGAACCCAUAUGCAGCAUGCAUAUGAUUUCUACAAGCCAGACAUGGUGUCAGAGUACCCUGUAGUGGACGGCAAGUUGUCGAUCGAGUGCUACCUGAGUGCCUUGGACCGCUGCUACUCUGUGUACCGCAACAAGAUCCACGCACAGUGGCAGAGAGAGGGUUCAGAGAAGCGCUUCAGCCUGGACGACUUUGGCUAUCUUGUGUUCCAUUCCCCAUACUGCAAGCUGGUGCAGAAGUCGUUGGCCAGACUGAUGCUGAAUGACUUUCUGAGCCACCCCAGCCCAAACACUGAGACAGGACCCUUCACAGGCCUUGACGCCUUCAGAGACAUACAGCCAGAAGAGACUUAUUUUGACCGGGAUGUGGAGAAGGCCUUCAUGAAGGCCAGUGCCGAUCUGUUUGAAAAGAAGACCAAGUGCUCCUUACUGAUCUCUAACCAGAACGGAAACAUGUACACCCCCUCUGUCUACGGCUGCCUGGCCUCACUCAUUGCACAGCACACACCUUCAGAGAUGGCAGGGCAGAGGGUCGGAGUUUUCUCCUACGGAUCAGGAUUUGCUGCUACUCUGUAUUCUCUCAGAGUCACACAGGACCACACACCCGGAUCUGCUCUGGACAAACUUGUGUCCAGCCUGAGUGACCUGAAGGUCAGGCUGGACUCCAGGAAGAAGGUUUUGCCUUCUGUCUUUUCUGAGAACAUGAAGCUGAGAGAGGAGACGCAUCACCUAGCCAAUUACAUCCCUCAAGGCUCGGUGGAGGAUCUGUUCCCAGGGACUUGGUACCUGACGCGAGUGGAUGACAAACACCGCCGGGAAUACGCCCGAAGAUCUCUGGACGGCGACCUGCCAGCAGAGCCAGAACUCCGCUGCAGCACUGCCACCGAGCACAUCCCCAGUCCAGUCAAGAAGAUGCCUCGCAUCCCUGCAGCCGCCGCCGGCCCUGAGGCUGCCGUCAGCAACUGAGAGCACUCAGCUUACCUCUGAGAGGUAUCAAGGUCCAACCGUUUGUAAUAACUAGACAACACUAGAGGUCAGAAGGCUACCAAGAGACGACAGUGUCCCCUCCGAAAUCAUUAUACGGUAACUUAAUUAGGUUGGAGAAGCUGUAGACACUCAUCAACUGCCUGUACCCUUCCCAUCAUGCUCCCGGUUGUCCACAUGUAAUACGUUGGACAUUAAACUCACAUAUUUGACCUCAGACUAUUUAAUCUCAAUAACUGUUUGUUUUAGCGAUCCUCUGUUUCAAAGUUUACACUUCUACAUAUUUUCAUUUUGCUUUUGUGCAAAAUGGACAGUUGUAUAUUUGGGAGGAGCACAGGCAGACGUUUGUAGAUAUCGAGUUACACAAGCAGACUUCCUCCUGGCAGCUGGCAGCCAGGGACAGGAAGAGGAAAUGGACAUAAUUAAUGUGGCUUCGGACCUCCUGCUGAUAAAAGAAGAAAGGGAAGUGGGCCUCAGCUGUGUUAAUGGAUCAAAAUAGUGCUGCUGCCACGGCAACCCAGAGACAGAGCUCAUAUCCCCACUGUUUGUGUUCAAUACCUCAGUCUUCUAUUAAAAAAAAUGUGGUCACUUUUCUACAGGUGAGUCUGUGACCAAAUAUCAGGAACAGGACUCAAGACUCAAUAGUGGUACUCCACCCAGAAGGGUUCAGAGUCCUCUCUCAGCCUGCACACAGAGGGCGGAGUCUUACUUUAAACUGCUGUCGCUGAGCUCGUGUCGGCAACGUGUGAAAUUGAUAGGAGACAUUCAUUCUGUUCCAUAGACAUGUGAUACACCACCAGUGUCCUCCAUCAUUGUAGUAUUUCCUUUUUGCUUUUUACUGCCAUGAAAUGUCUAAACUCAUCGAGUGUAGUCAUCACACACAUCACCUUGGAGCUGGACAUUUUGACUUAUUAUUUUGGUAAUGUUUGUGUAGGCUCGAUGAUUUAUCCAGUUCCAGCAUUAUCGGUUGCAGCCCAUUUUUUUUUUUCUCCAAACAGUGAAAUAUUAUAAAUAGAGAAAGAGAUGUGUGUUGUCAUUGCAGCAUUAUGGACUGCAGUAGUCUCUUCUUAUUGUAAUGUUGCUCAGCAGUAAACACACAAUAGUGUGGGUUUAGACUUUUCUAAACUAACAAUUAAAAGGAAAAAUAUUACACCGGUGUCAUACUUAAAAGGUGCAAUCAGCAAAAUAUGGCUGUUUAGUAGUGACACUACAACCCUGUCAGCUUUAAAAAAAAAAGAAAAAAAAAAAGAUUUAUAUUGGGACUUGACUCAAAUCAAAGGUGUUUCUAAUAUUUUGGUCACCCCAUUUAUAUCAAUGAACGCAGACAAACUAUUAAACACCUCUUUUUGUAAUGCAAAAUGGCCGUGAUGUUGAAUCGCCAUCUCGAAAAACAAACUGAACCAUAGAGCCUUGAUGAAAAUAGGAUUUAUUGCAUUAGGCUGCAUUAGUUUUAGAGUUUAACAAGAAACUGGAAACAGUGUAAUGUGCCAUGUAACCAGUUUCAGCUGUGUAUUUCCUUCCUGCAUAAGCUGACAGGUGCCGAGCAAGGCAUGUUAGGUUCCUCACCCGUCCUACAGACAUACUGCACCUUUGCUCCAGUUUUUACUCUGGCUUUACUGACAUUAAACCAAGCUCAGAGGAGGUGAUGGAUAGUUGAGGGAUCUCCAGCAAAUACACGAGCUGCGUUGGCUCAGCCUCAAUAAAGAGUCAAUAACAUAUUAUUGAUUGCACCUUUAAGGGUAUGCACUGAAUCAGACAGCUAAUUAUGGAGCAUUAUGCAAGAGCUGUUUGUGUUGGGAAACCACAUUUCCAGACAUUUUGACUCUCUCCUCAUUUCACAUUCCUAUCAACUUCUCACAAUGAAACAGCUGCUGAGAAUGUGAACUCCGGUGUUGUUGUCUGUCCCAUCUGUAUCUUUCAGAUGGCUGAGUGUAACCUUAACUCAUUCUGAAGCCUUAAUGUUAAAGGGCUUUGUUUUGUGACGUUAUAGGUCAGGAGAAUUUAAUGCAAGAACUGUUCUCUGUGUGUUUAAAUGUGUUGUUUUUGAUUUUGAUUUGAUUUGAUUUGACAAUAGCAGCUAUCAGCAAGAAACCAAAUGUUGAAACUGAUGGGGCUCAGGCAGAACACGUCAGCCUUAAAGGAAUGGUGUUGCUGUGUACAUGUCGGAGGUUGGACUGACUCGUAGACUUGCACGCAGGGUUCAGAGGAGUCGUGACAGCUGAUGUCAGGGUGACUGCGUUCUUGAGAAGCCUUACAAUAAGCAUGUAUGGACUGUAAACUACAAAGCUCGUCUUCUAAUAAUGUACAGAUAUUCUUUUUUUUUCUUUUUUAAUUGUACAGUCAGAGUUGGUUCAUCUGGAGCCGAGCCGUGCUCAAUGCAGCGUCACAGACACACACAGUGUCACUGAGUGUCUUGGUAUGACUAAGAUUACAUCUGUGUGGCGUCUCAGAGGUCACUUGAUCUUUACCAAUGUUGAUGUCCAUGUACAUCUGUAAGAUGAUUUAUGCUGUGUAGAUGUGAACGAAUGGAUGUCUCAGAUUAAAUUUAUCCAGACACUUUGUGUAAACAUGUAGAUUCAGAAUAAAUGAACACUCAACCUGU